UUGAUUGCUGCAAUAAUUUUUUACAGAAUGAAUUAUGAAUGAUUCUAGUUUGUAUCAUUGUUGAUAUUUAAAUGGUUUUAAAAGUCUGAAUAAAAAUAAUGUUUUUUCAAAAUGACAGAAUGCACUUUUUUAUUUAGUUAAAAAUGAAUUUGAGUCAGAGGUUGGAGCGAAGCUGGAGCAGAGCUGGAGCAAUCACUGUUGGUGCCGGAGUGGAGCUGGAGCGAAGCAAUUCAAAAAUUUGAUUGCUCCAAAUCCCUGAUUUUUACAGCACGUUUACAAAAAACACUUUUUAUGCGUUAUGACUUUACUGUUUAAAAUACCCCUCCCCCCGUGUACCAAGCAGUUAUUCCUCACUAAGGACUAGCCACAUGUGAAAUUUGUAAAUUGGUGGAGCGCCAUCAAGGUCAAUGGAGGAAUGACGAUUAUCCCAGCUGAGAAUUUGACCCCACAAGUUUAAGAUACUACUAAGCGCCAAUAUCAGCAGCAAAAUUACAAAACUGAGAAGGUUAAUUACAUUUUUCUAUAAAUGUCCAGACAAAUGUCACUCAAACUUGGGGAAGGAAAUCUCCUUUGGUUUCAGACCAUAUAUGAAAAGUUUCGGGGCAAAAGGGUAACUUUUGAAGACUGAGUUUCUGAAAAUAGGAUUAUAAUGGGAAUAGAAUUAUAACCUUAACUAGAUAGUUUUUGCUCUCCAGUUGUCUAGACCUUCUGGACUCAGCGCUGACCCUUCAUACUCCCGGUACUUAAAUACACCCUUUUCCCAGAGCUCCACCCAAAGAUGUGAAGCUUCUCGUUUACAGACAAGUUUUCAGGGCAGAAAUCUCCUCUCUCAGUUUAGAUGCUAAUGGUCUGAUUUUCAGAAGUGUUGAGCAGGAAGGGGGCUGCUCUGCCGAUUUUCAAAUCGGGCCCUAGAUCGUGUGUGCAUGCACUCAUUAUUUAUCUUGGGUAAAGUUUUCAAAAGCGCCUAAAUUCCAGUUUCAAAAGUCUCUAGUAACUUUCCAAAAUGGGACUAAGUUUCCUAAGCCACCUAGGCUCUUUUGAAAACUGUCCCCCUUGUCUACUUUAUCGGCCACGUUCAAUAAGCUGACAGGUUUAGUUUUUUCUGCAUUGAGUCACUGAAUGGCUGAAUCAGCAGAGGUGGCUUUCUCUCGCUCACGCAGGCAAAGGGAGUGAUGUCGCUGAUUCUCUCUCUGUUGCUGCAGAUGAGGUGAUUGUGAUUAAAACAGAGGUGCAGGAACAUGAAGAAGAUCCUGAAGACUUGGAGCCGCGUGACAUGCUGUUGGGAAGUUCAGGGGAAAGUGUUUCCCAGAGUCUGGUUGCUACAACAGCUUGGGAGGGUCAGUGCGACUCCCUAACGCCGACAAGGAGCCUGGCAGGCACUGUCUUGGGGGAGCAGAUUUCAGGUGGAAGAGAUUUGGGUGGCACCAACCCUCUCCUCGUCCAUCAGGCAAGCCACGCGGGAGGGAGGCCGUAUAUCACGUGUACGAAGGGUGGGAAGAGCUUCCGGCUGAAAGUGAGCUUUGGGAAACAGCACAGGAGCUGUUCCAGAGAGAGACCUUAUCAGUGCACCGAGUGUGCCAGGAGCUUCCGGUGCCAUUUGAAGUUCAUCCGACACUAUGCAAGCCACACUGGGGAGAGGCCGUAUAAAUACACCGGCUGUGAGCAGACCUACAGCCGAAAGUGGCUCCUUCUGAAUCACCGACAAGUCCGCGUGGAGGAGAGGCCGUUCCAGUGUGUAGUGUGUGGGAAGAGCUUCCAGCUGAAGGGGAGUUUCCUCAGACACCAGUGGGGCCAUGGGAAGGAGAAUCCCCAGGACUGCAUGGAGCGUGGCAAGGACUGUAGCUGCCUCGCCGAGCUCUGUGCGGGCCAGCAGCUCCAGGCCAGAGGGAGGGCCUGCCAGUGUGCUGAGGUCUGCUCAGAAGCAGCGUCUGCCCAAUGGCCAGCGAGCGUGCUCUGGGGAGAGGCUGUUCCAAUGCACCGUCUGCAAGAAGAGCUACAAGGUCAGGGCCAGCUUCCACAUGCGUCUACAGAGCCACAAGACUGGGACGCCCUGCCAGCGUGCAAAGUGCAGGGCUGUCUUCCCAGGUACGAUGCCACCACAGGAUCAGCAGAGGGCAGACCAGACAGAGCAGGCUUCCCCAGGGCGAAGACUGGAGACCGGGAAAACACCAAGGAGUGGGAUGGGGACUAGGUUGUAGCUAGCACGUUAUGUCCAGACCAGUUCAUCCCUGUGCUUGGUAGGCCUCAGGGCUGGAGUGUGGGUGGGGUGGGGCAGUUCCUGUCCAAUUGUAAAUGACCCUAUUGGGCAGCAGUCUAAAGGGCUGCUCCCCCGGCAUCUCAUCCUCCCGCAGGCUCCCUGGACAAACCUGUGAAGAGCGUCUGAUCUCUGCUCCACACCAGCUGACUAAAGUGUGCGAGAUUGCAGUGCUUGCGGCAGACUCCCUCUUUGCUCACUCGACACUGCAGGGGAGGCAGGAUAUGCUGAAGGGCAAGUGGUGUAAAACCUGCGCAUUAGCUUGCCAGAGCCUGAAGGAAUCUGCAUGCGUGAAAGGGUUAACUGCUGUGGUUCGGCAAAUACCUGGCACCUUCCUGGUAAAAACCUGGGAGUGCUGAGUCCAGAUCCUUCUUCCUAGGUCUGCCCGACUCCUCCGCUUCUCAGGAUCAUGCUCCCCCCACACCCCUGGAAUGGUCUCCCUGUUCUCAUCUGCACAGAGCCAUUUCUCCUCUCCGAGCAACCCCUGCCCCUUCCUCCUCCUGCUAGUCAAUAAUCCCCACACCCGAUCUGUUUUCCUGUGCCGUGUCUUGUCCUACUUAGCUGGUAAACUCCCUGGGGCAGCGUCCGAGUCUAGGUCUGUGCAGUGCUAUCUGUAUGCGCCACCUUGCUGUCGAAAUGACUUCUAAAAGCAUCAGACAGAAUGUUCGCAAGCCUGCCCCACAGUUCAGGGUGAGCUGGGCUAGGGCUGGCGGGGAAGCAUGUCUGGAUCCCGGUGAGCAGAGUCAGGGCUAGGGUUUAGGUUAGAUUCAAUGGGGCUGAAAUCUCAUCAGCUGUUCCUGCAAGAUUUGUGUCCUAAUACCUGCCCUUCCAGCGGGAAGGUGUCGCUGUCCUGCAGCGCAGAAGCCCUUCUUUGCUGGCUCUCCUCCAAUAUAGGUUUCUUUUGGUCCAAGGUUCAGACGAUAAUCUUAACAUUAGGGCUGCGCCUGUCCUGUCCUGUCCUCGAAUUUUUAUUGUUUAGGGGUUUUUUCUUUCCGUCUCUCUGUGUGGGUUUUUAUCGGGACUUACGUUCUCACGUGUAUAAUGGCAGCUAAACUCCGUCAUCGCUCACUGGUGGGAAUGGCUGAUGAUCCUUCCCCACCAUGAAUGGUUUGCGGGGAAUAAUGGGCUGUUAUGAACACUGAGAAGCUGAACUUGGGUAGCGUCAACGAUUCUCCCGAUGAUGCUACGGUUUGGGAGCAGUUUCAUAAAUACUCUGAGCAUGGAAAUUCCAGGUUUGUGGUGGUACAGAAAUGGCACAGGUUUUCUUAAGUAAGUGUAUAUUGCUUCUGAUACCCCCCUCACCCCUUCCACUCACACUGGUGGUUCAAUAACACCAGGUUACUUACUUCCCCUCUACUAGUGCUGGGUACCAUUCUGGUUUCGCUUUUUGUACCAUAUGAGGUGGUGUUACUGGGUGGCCUGUAUAUAGUCUGCAUCCUAAUUGUCUUGAAAUGGAUAUGCAAAGCUCUUGUCUGCCUUUCUUCUGUACCUCUUUUGUCUUGUAACCUGGAUGACAAAUCUGUCCUGUAACAUUGUCCGUCUGACAUUUAUUCUAAUAAAAAAAAUUGUAACAAAAGUGAAA